AUGAUCACCAUGGACUUUUUUGCCGUAUCACGUGGCUACAUGGAUACCGUGCGGCGCUCAAUCAUGGUUGUUCCCAGACCCUAUUGUCAGGAAGAAAUGUGA